ACUUCAGGAAGAGUAUUAUCAGUUUCUGGCCGAAUGCCGAUGGUUGUUUACAGUUAACAUCAUUAAGUUUUUUCGUGAACGUAAAUAUUAACCGAAUUCAUGGUGGUUCUAAGCUCCCAUGUUGUUCAAUUUUCAACAACUAGCCUCCACGGACGUCCUUCCAUGUUAAAAUCCCACAAUCACCGUGGCGGAAAUUUCGUGCGGUGUGGGAUAGCGGAGCCAUCGGGACAACCGGCACCUAUGGGGCAGAAGACAAAGUAUAAUGAUGGGGUGUUGGAGAAGGUGUUUAUGAGCUUAUUUGCCAAGAAAAUGGAGAAGUUUUCUGUGAAAGAUAAGAAAGAAACAAAGGGUAAGAAGAAAGGAUUGUUUGAUUAUGAUUACGAUAGCUUCGUGAAUGUAUCGAGGGGAGUAAUGACAGGACGGAACCGUUUACAGCAGCAGGAAGUGGUGAGGGAGGUGCUUUUGUCCAUGCUUCCUCCUGGUGCCCCUGAUCAGUUUAAGAAACUGUUUCCACCCACAAAAUGGGCUGCAGAGUUCAAUGCAGCCCUAACAGUCCCUUUCUUCCACUGGUUAGUUGGUCCUUCUGAGGUUGUAGAAGUAGAAAUAAACGGGGUAAAGCAAAGGAGCGGAGUACAUAUCAAGAAGUGCAGGUACUUGGAGAACAGCGGUUGCGUAGGAAUGUGUGUGAAUAUGUGUAAAAUUCCUACCCAAGACUUCUUCACCAACGAAUUCGGACUUCCAUUGACCAUGAUCCCAAAUUUUGAAGAUAUGAGUUGUGAAAUGGUGUACGGCCAACCUCCACCAUCGUUCGAAGAGGAUCCAGUGGCCAAACAACCAUGUUUUGCCGACGUUUGUUCUGUAGCAAACCCCAACUCCAGCAUCUGCCCCAAAUUACAAGCCUGAUACAGUCUACAUUUUUUUGGACACAAUUAUAUGGUUUCAUAGUUGUUUGGGCAAGGCUCCAUUUUUUGAAUUGUAGCUACAAUUUCUACAGGUGAUCAGUGAAAUAAAAGGUUUGUUACAAAUA